UAGGCGCAGCAGGAAGGCCAAGGCCCCCGUGGACCUGCCCAUUGAGUCCAUGAGCCUGAGCCUGCAGGAUCUGAUCGGCUACUUCCACCCCCCCGACGAGCACCUGGAACACGAGGACAAGCAGAACCGGCUCCGGGCCCUGAAGAACCGGCAGAACCUCUUCCAGGAGGAGGGCAUGAUCAACCUGGUGCUGGAGUGUGUGGACCGGCUGCACGUGUAUAGCAGCGCUGCCCACUUCUCGGAUGUGGCCGGGCGGGAGGCCGGGGAGUCGUGGAAGUCCAUCCUCAACUCCCUGUACGAGCUGCUGGCGGCUCUCAUCAGAGGAAAUCGUAAAAACUGUGCUCAGUUCUCCGGUUCCCUCGACUGGCUCAUCAGCAGGCUGGAGCGGCUGGAGGCAUCCUCAGGUAUUCUGGAGGUUUUGCACUGCGUGUUAGUGGAAAGCCCGGAGGCGCUGAAUAUUAUUAAGGAAGGACACAUUAAAUCCAUCAUCUCGCUGUUGGACAAGCACGGGAGGAAUCACAAGGUCCUGGAUGUCCUGUGCUCUCUGUGCGUGUGCCAUGGGGUCGCUGUCCGUUCCAACCAGCACCUCAUCUGUGAGAACCUCCUGCCGGGCAGAGACCUGCUGCUGCAGACACGUCUGGUGAACCACGUGAGCAGCAUGCGGCCCAACAUCUUCCUGGGCGUGAGUGAAGGGUCCGCGCAGUACAGGAAGUGGUACUAUGAGCUGACAGUGGACCACACAGAGCCCUUCGUGACGGCCGAGGCCACUCACCUGCGCGUGGGUUGGGCCUCCACCGAGGGGUCCUCCCCCUACCCUGGAGGGGGUGAGGAGUGGGGUGGAAACGGCGUCGGGGAUGACCUCUUCUCCUACGGGUUCGAUGGCCUGCAUCUCUGGUCGGGCUGCGUGGCCCGCACCGUGAGCUCUCCAAGCCAGCACCUGCUGAGAACGGAGGACGUGGUCAGCUGCUGUCUGGACCUCAGUGCCCCGAGCAUCUCCUUCCGGAUCAACGGCCAGCCUGUCCAGGGGAUGUUCGAGAACUUCAACGUGGACGGCCUCUUCUUCCCCGUCGUCAGCUUCUCUGCGGGGAUCAAGGUCCGCUUUCUGCUCGGGGGGCGGCAUGGAGAGUUCAAAUUCCUGCCCCCACCCGGCUACGCGCCUUGUUAUGAAGCAGUCCUGCCGAAGGAGAAGUUGAAAGUGGAGCACAGCCGCGAGUACAAGCAAGAGAGGACCUCCAUGCGGGAACUGCUGGGACCUACCGUCUCCCUGACGCAGGCUGGCUUCACCCCCGCGCCCGUGGACACCAGCCAGAUCGUGUUGCCACCCCACCUGGAAAGGGUACGGGAGAAGCUGGCGGAGAACAUCCACGAGCUCUGGGUGAUGAAUAAAAUCGAACUUGGCUGGCAGUACGGCCCGGUCAGAGAUGACAACAAGAGGCAGCACCCAUGCCUGGUGGAGUUCUCCAAGCUGCCCGAGCAGGAGCGCAACUACAACCUGCAGAUGUCGCUCGAGACCCUGAAGACAUUGCUGGCUCUGGGCUGCCACGUGGGCCUGUCAGACGAGCACGCUGAGGAGAAGGUGAAGAGGAUGAAGCUGCCCAAGAAUUACCAGCUGAGCAGUGCGUACAAGCCGGCCCCGAUGGACCUGAGCUUUGUCAAACUCAGCCCGUCCCAGGAGGCCAUGGUGGACAAGCUGGCCGAGAACGCCCACAACGUGUGGGCACGGGACCGGAUCCGGCAGGGUUGGACCUAUGGCAUCCAGCAGGAUGUGAAGAACAGGAGGAACCCUCGCCUGGUGCCCUACGCCCUCCUGGACGAGCGGACCAAGAGGUCCAACAAGGACAGUCUCCGCGAGGCCGUGCGGACCCUGCUGGGCCACGGCUGCCACCUGCAGGCCCCGGACCAGGACCCCGCCCCCCGAGCCGAGGUGAGCAGUGGUACAGGGGAGAGGUUCCGGAUCUUCCGGGCCGAGAAGACCUACGCGGUGAAGGCGGGCCGCUGGUACUUCGAGUUCGAGGCCGUCACUGCCGGGGACAUGCGUGUGGGCUGGAGCAGGCCGGGCUGCCAGCCGGACCGGGAGCUGGGCUCGGACGAGCAGGCCUUCGCUUUUGACGGCCUCAAGGCUCAGCGGUGGCACCAGGGCAGUGAACACUAUGGGCGCCCGUGGCAGGCGGGAGACGUGGUGGGCUGCAUGGUCGACAUGGAUGAGCACACCGCGGUGUUCACGCUCAACGGCGAGGUCCUGCUCGACGACUCUGGCUCUGAGCUGGCGUUCAAGGACUUCGACGUCAGGGACGGCUUCAUACCUGUGUGCAGCCUCGGCGUGGGCCAGGUGGGCAGGAUGAACUUCGGGAAGGACGUCAGCACCCUCAAGUACUUCACCGUCUGCGGCUUACAGGAGGGCUACGAGCCCUUCGCUGUCAACACCAACAGGGACGUCACCAUGUGGCUGAGCAAGCGGCUGCCUCAGUUCCUCCAAGUCCCCUCGAACCACGAGCAUAUUGAGGUGACCAGGAUCGAUGGUACUGUGGACAGCUCCCCGUGUCUGAAGGUCACCCAGAAGUCCUUUGGCUCCCAGAACAGCAGCCCUGACAUCAUGUUUUAUCGCCUGAGCAUGCCCAUCGAGUGUGCCGAGGUCUUCUCCAAGACUGUGGUUGGGGGGCUGCCUGGCACUGGGCUCUUUGGGCCCAAGAACGACCUGGAGGACUAUGACGCAGACUCUGACUUCGAGGUCCUAAUGAAGACGGCUCACGGUCACCUGGCGUCUGACCGUGCGGACAAGGACAGAGAUGCCGCCAAGCUGGAGGUCAACAACCACAAGGACUGUGCGCAGGAGAAGCCCUCUCGUCUGAGGCAAAGGUUUUUGCUCAGAAGAACGAAGCCAGAUUACAGCGCGAGCCACUCGGCGAGACUCACUGAAGACGUCCUUGCUGACGGCCGGGAUGACUACGACUACCUGAUGCAGGCGUCCACGUAUUACUACUCAGUGAGGAUCUUCCCCGGGCAGGAGCCCGCCAACGUCUGGGUGGGCUGGAUCACGUCCGACUUCCACCAGCAUGACACCGUCUUUGACCUGGACAGAGUUCGCACGGUGACGGUGACUCUGGGGGACGAGAAAGGAAAAGUGCAUGAGAGCAUCAAGCGCAGCAACUGCUACAUGGUGUGUGCGGGCGAGGGCCUGAGCCCCGGCCAGGGGCGCAACAGCGGCGGGCUGGAGAUCGGCUGCAUGGUGGACGCUGCCAGCGGGCUGCUCACCUUCAUGGCCAACGGCAAGGAGCUGGGCACCUACUACCAGGUGGAACCAAGUACGAAAUUAUUCCCUGCGGUGUUCGCACAGGCUACCAGCCCCAACGUGUUCCAGUUUGAGCUGGGGAGGAUAAAGAACGUGAUGCCGCUGUCCGCGGGGCUGUUCAAGAGCGAGCACCGCAACCCCGUGCCACAGUGCCCGCCACGCCUGCACGUCCAGUGCCUGUCCCACGUGCUGUGGAGCCGCAUGCCCAACCAGUUCCUGAAGGUGGACGUCGCCCGCGUCAGUGAGCGCCAGGGCUGGCUGGUGCAGUGUGCGGACCCGCUGCAGUUCAUGACCCUGCACAUCCCCGAGGAGAACAGGUCUGUGGACAUCCUGGAGCUGACGGAGCAGGAGGAGCUGCUGCGUUUCCACUACCACACGCUGCGGCUGUACUCGGCCGUGUGCGCGCUGGGGAACCACCGGGCUGCCCACGCCCUGUGCAGCCACGUGGACGGGCCGCAGCUGCUCUACGCCAUCGAGAGUAAGCACAUGCCGGGGCUGCUGCGUGCCGGCUACUACGACCUGCUCAUCGACAUCCACCUGCGCUCCUACGCCACGGCCCGGCUCGCCAUGGACGGCGAGUUCAUCGUGCCCAUGACGCCCGACACCAAGAGCAUCACCCUCUUCCCCGACGCGCGCAAGCGGCACGGGCUCCCGGGCAUCGGCCUGAGCACCUCGCUGCGGCCGCCCAUGCACUUCUCCGCCCCCGGCUGCGUGAGCGUCGGCCACGAGUGCUUCCAGCACAGCCCCGAGUUCCCGCUGGACGUCCUCAAGGCCAAGACCAUGCAGAUGCUGACGGAGGCCGUCAGGGAGGGCAGCCUGCAUGCCCGUGACCCGGUCGGAGGCACCACCGAGUUCCUGUUCGUGCCCCUCAUCAAGCUCUUCUACACCCUGCUCAUCAUGGGCGUCUUCCACGGCGAAGACCUGCGGCAUGUCCUACGGCUCAUCGAGCCCCGUGUGUUCAAGGACGCUGCCGACCCCAGCCCUGAGGACGAGGACGAAGACGGGGCCCACACGCCGGUGGAGGAGCCUGGCGCCGACACCUCGAAGCCCGAAGGAGCUGGUGAAGAUGAGGGCAGAGGCGCUCCGCGGCCGCAGGAGGGCCUGCUCCAGAUGAAGCUGCCAGAGCCGGUGAAGCUGCAGAUGUGCCUCCUGCUCCAGCACCUCUGUGACUGCCAGGUGCGGCACCGCAUCGAAGCCAUCGUGGCCUUCUCGGACGGCUUCGUGGCCAAGCUCCAGGACAACCAACGCUUCCGCUACAACGAGGUCAUGCAGGCCUUGAACAUGUCGGCCGCCCUCACGGCUCGCAAGACCAAAGAGUUCCGGUCACCACCGCAGGAGCAGAUCAAUAUGCUUCUCAACUUCAAGGAUGACAAAAGUGAAUGUCCAUGCCCUGAGGAAAUCCGGGACCAACUCCUGGAUUUCCAUGAAGACUUGAUGGCGCACUGUGGAAUCGAGCUGGAUGAAGACGGGUCUCUGGACGGGAGCAGUGACUCCACCAUUCGAGGACGCCUGCUGUCCCUGGUGGAGAAGGUGACGUACCUGAAGAAGAAGCAGGCGGAGAAGCCAGUGGAGCGCAACGCCAAGAAACCCUCCAGCCUGCAGCAGCUGAUCUCUGAGACCAUGGUGCGGUGGGCUCAGGAGGCCGUCAUCGAAGACCCGGAGCUGGUGAGGGCCAUGUUUGUGCUCCUGCACCGGCAGUAUGAUGGCAUCGGGGGGCUGGUUCGGGCUCUGCCGAAGACCUACACGAUCAACAGCGUCUCUGUGGAGGACACCGUCAGCCUGCUGGCGUCCCUCGGGCAGAUCCGCUCUCUGCUGAGCGUGAGGAUGGGCCGGGAAGAAGAGAAGCUGAUGAUCCGUGGCCUGGGGGACAUCAUGAACAACAAGGUGUUUUACCAGCACCCGAACCUCAUGCGGGCACUCGGCAUGCACGAGACGGUGAUGGAGGUCAUGGUCAACGUGCUGGGGGGCGGCGAGUCCAAGGAAAUCGCCUUCCCUAAGAUGGUGGCCAACUGCUGCCGGUUCCUCUGCUACUUCUGCCGGAUCAGCAGGCAGAACCAGAAGGCCAUGUUCGACCACCUCAGCUACUUGCUGGAGAACAGCAGCGUUGGCCUCGCCUCCCCGGCCAUGAGAGGGUCGACGCCCCUGGACGUGGCCGCGGCCUCGGUGAUGGACAACAAUGAGCUGGCCCUGGCGCUGCGCGAGCCGGAUCUGGAGAAGGUGGUCCGGUACCUGGCCGGCUGCGGGCUGCAGAGCUGCCAGCUGCUGGUGUCCAGGGGCUACCCAGAUGUUGGCUGGAACCCCGUGGAAGGGGAGCGCUACCUCGACUUCCUCAGAUUUGCUGUCUUCUGCAAUGGGGAGAGCGUGGAGGAGAACGCCAACGUGGUGGUACGGCUGCUCAUCCGCAGGCCCGAGUGCUUCGGCCCCGCCCUGAGGGGCGAGGGGGGCCAUGGUCUGCUCGCCGCCAUGGAAGAGGCCAUAAAGAUUGCAGAGGACCCCUCCCGAGACGGCCCCUCGCCAGCCAGCGGGUCCAGCAGGACGCUUGACACGGAAGAGGGGGAGGAUGACACCAUCCACAUGGGGAACGCCAUCAUGACCUUCUACGCAGCGCUGAUCGACCUCCUCGGCCGCUGUGCCCCUGAGAUGCACCUGAUCCACGCUGGGAAGGGAGAGGCCAUCAGAAUCAGGUCCAUUUUGAGAUCCCUGAUCCCACUGGGAGAUCUAGUGGGCGUCAUCAGCAUCGCUUUCCAGAUGCCGACGCUGGCCAGAGAUGGGAGCGUGGCAGAACCUGACAUGUCCGCGGGGUUUUGCCCAGACCACAAGGCAGCCAUGGUUUUGUUCCUUGACAGGGUCUAUGGGAUUGAGGUCCAAGAUUUCCUCCUCCACCUCCUUGAGGUUGGCUUUCUGCCAGAUCUCCGGGCGGCUGCAUCCUUAGACACGGCUGCUCUGAGCGCCACAGACAUGGCCCUGGCCCUCAACCGCUACCUCUGCACGGCCGUGCUGCCCCUGCUGACGCGGUGUGCCCCCCUCUUUGCUGGCACGGAGCGCCACGCCUCGCUCAUCGACUCGCUGCUGCACACAGUGUACCGGCUGUCCAAGGGCUGUUCGCUCACCAAGGCCCAGCGGGACGCCAUCGAGGUCUGCCUGCUGUCCAUCUGCAGCCAGCUGCGGCCGUCCACGAUGCAGCAUCUGCUCCGGAGGCUGGUGUUUGAUGUCCCGCUGCUGAAUGAGCACGCCAAGAUGCCCCUCAAGCUGCUGACCAACCACUACGAACGCUGCUGGAAGUACUACUGCCUGUCCCGGGGGUGGGGCAGCUUCGGCGCUGCCUCAGAGGAGGAGCUCCACCUGUCCCGGAAGCUGUUCUGGGGCAUCUUCGAUGCCCUGUCCCAGAAGAAAUAUGAGCAAGAGCUUUUCAAGCUGGCCCUUCCUUGCCUGAGCGCGGUGGCUGGGGCUCUGCCCCCUGACUACAUGGAGUCGAGCUACGUGAACACACUGGAGAAGCAGUCUUCCGUGGAUGCCGAGGGGAACUUCAACCCGCAGCCGGUCGACACCUCUAACAUCACCAUCCCGGAGAAGCUGGAGUGCUUCAUCAACAAGUACGCCGAGCACACGCAUGACAAGUGGUCGGUGGACAAGCUGGCAAACGGAUGGGUUUACGGAGAGGUGUACUCGGACUCGUCCAAGGUCCAGCCCUUGAUGAAGCCAUACAAGCUACUCUCCGAAAAGGAAAAAGAAAUUUAUCGCUGGCCAAUCAAGGAAUCUUUAAAGACCAUGCUGGCAUGGGGCUGGAGGAUCGAGAGGACGCGGGAGGGGGACAGCAUGGCCCUGUAUAACCGGGCUCGCCGCAUUUCUCAGACUAGCCAGGUUUCCAUGGACGCCGCCCAUGGCUACAGCCCGCGGGCCCUCGACAUGAGCAACGUGACGCUGUCCAGAGACCUGCACGCUAUGGCAGAGAUGAUGGCUGAGAACUACCACAACAUAUGGGCGAAGAAGAAGAAGCUGGAGCUGGAGUCCAAAGGAGGGGGCAGCCACCCCCUGCUGGUGCCCUAUGACACGCUGACCGCCAAGGAGAAAGCCAGGGAUCGGGAGAAGGCUCAGGACAUCCUCAAGUUUCUGCAGAUCAACGGAUACGCCGUGUCCCGAGGGUUCCAGGACCUGGAGCUGGACACGCCCUCGGUGGAGAAGCGCUUCGCCUACAGCCUCCUGCAGCAGCUGGUGCACUGUGUGGACGCGGCCCACCAGCACAUCCUGGAGUUCGAUGGCGGCGGCAGGGGCCAAGGAGGGCAUUUCCCCCACGAGCAGGAGGUCAAGUUCUUCGCCAAGGUCGUUCUUCCGCUGAUUGAUCAGUAUUUCAAGAACCACCGCCUGUACUUCCUGUCCGCUGCGAGCCGCCCCCUCUGCUCCGGGGGACACGCAUCCAAUAAGGAGAAGGAGAUGGUGACCAGCCUGUUCUGCAAACUUGGAGUUCUUGUCAGGCAUAGGAUCUCGCUGUUUGGAAACGAUGCCACGUCUAUUGUCAACUGCCUCCAUAUUCUGGCUCAGACUUUGGACGCAAGGACCGUGAUGAAGACGGGCCUGGAGAGCGUGAAGAGUGCGCUGCGGGCGUUCCUGGACAGCGCGGCCGAGGACCUGGAGCAGACCCUGGAGAACCUGCAGCAGGGCCAGUUCACGCACACGCGGAGCCAGCCCAAGGGCGUCACGCAGAUCAUCAACUACACCACGGUGGCCCUGCUGCCCGUGCUGUCCUCGCUGUUCGAGCACGUCGGCCAGCACCAGUUCGGGGAAGACCUGAUCCUGGAAGACGUGCAGGUGUCCUGCUACAGGAUCCUGAGCAGCCUGUAUGCCUUGGGGACCAGCAGGAGCAUUUACGUGGAGAGGCAGCGCUCUGCCCUGGGGGAGUGCCUGGCGGCCUUCGCGGGUGCCUUCCCCGUGGCAUUCCUAGAGACGCACCUGAACAAGCACAAUGCCUACUCCAUCUACAACACCAGGUCUUCCCGCGAGAGGGCAGCCCUCAGCCUGCCCCCCAGCGUGGAGGACGUGUGCCCGAACAUCCCGUCGCUGGACAAGCUGAUGGCCGACAUCGUGGAGCUGGCCGAGGCGGGCACGCGCUACCCGCAGGCACCGCAUGUGGUGGAGGUGGUGCUGCCCAUGCUGUGUGCCUACACGUCGCGCUGGUGGGAGCGCGGGCCCGAGGGCGGCACGCAGGGCCCCGAGGCCUGCUGCACCGCCUUGCGCGCCGAGCACAUGGACACGCUGCUGGGCAGCAUCCUCAAGAUCAUCUACCACAACCUGGGUGUCGACGAGGGCGCCUGGAUGAAGCGGCUGGCAGUGUUCUCCCAGCCCAUCAUAAACAAGGUGAAGCCUCAGCUCCUGAAAACCCACUUCUUACCUCUGAUGGAGAAGCUCAAGAACAAGGCGGCCAUGGUGGUGGCGGACGAGGACCAGCUGAAGGCGGAGGCCCGGGGGGACAUGUCGGAGGCUGAGCUGCUCAUCCUGGACGACUUCACUACGUUGGCACGGGACCUGUAUGCCUUCUACCCUCUCCUGAUCCGAUUCGUGGACUAUAACAGGGCGAAGUGGCUCAAGGAGCCUAACCCAGAGGCUGAGGAGCUCUUCCGCAUGGUGGCUGAGGUGUUCAUCUACUGGUCCAAGUCCCACAAUUUCAAAAGAGAAGAGCAGAACUUCGUUGUACAGAAUGAGAUCAACAAUAUGUCGUUCCUCAUCACAGACACCAAGUCAAAGAUGUCGAAGGCCGCUGUGUCUGACCAGGAGCGGAAGAAGAUGAAGCGCAAGGGGGACCGCUACUCCCUGCAGACCUCGCUGGUCGUGGCCGCCCUGAAGCGCCUGCUGCCCGUCGGCCUCAACAUCUGCGCCCCGGGCGACCAGGAGCUCAUCGCUCUGGCCAAAAGCCGGUUUAGCCUGAAGGACACCGAGGACGAGGUGCGAGACGUGAUCCGCAGCAACAUCCACACACAAGGCAAGCUGGAGGACCCCGCUAUUCGGUGGCAGAUGGUGCUUUAUAAGGACUUACCAAACAGGACGGAGGACACCUCUGAUCCGGAGAAGACAGUGGACAGAGUGCUGGACAUGGCGAACGUGCUCUUCCACCUCGAGCAGGUGGAGCACCCGCAGAGGUCCAAGAAGGCCGUCUGGCACAAGCUGCUCUCCAAGCAGAGGAAGAGGGCGGUGGUGGCCUGCUUCCGCAUGGCCCCGCUGUACAACCUGCCCAGGCACCGGGCCGUCAACCUCUUUCUUCAGGGAUACGAGAAGUCUUGGAUUGAAGCGGAAGAGCACUACUUUGAGGAUAAACUGAUAGAAGAUUUAGCAAAGCCCGGGGCUGACCUUCCGGAAGAAGACGAAGGCGCUAAGAGAGUUGACCCCCUGCACCAGCUGAUCCUUCUGUUCAGCCGGACAGCGCUGACGGAGAAAUGCAAACUGGAGGAAGACUUUCUGUACAUGGCAUACGCGGGUAUCAUGGCGAAGAGCUGUCAUGACGAGGAGGACGAAGACGGCGAAGAGGAAGUGAAGAGCUUUGAAGAGAAAGAGAUGGAGAAGCAGAAGCUUCUGUACCAGCAGGCCAGGCUGCACGACCGCGGGGCCGCCGAGAUGGUGCUGCAGACCCUGAGCGCCAGCAAAGGUGACAGUGGGCCGAUGGUCGCCGCCACGCUGAAACUCGGGAUCGCUGUUCUGAAUGGGGGGAACUCCACGGUGCAGCAGAAAAUGCUCGACUACCUGAAGGAAAAGAAGGACGUGGGGUUCUUCCAGAGCCUGGCCGGCCUCAUGCAGUCCUGCAGUGUCCUUGACCUCAACGCCUUCGAGCGGCACAACAAGGCCGAGGGACUGGGGAUGGUGACGGAGGAGGGGUCAGGGGACAAGGUUCUGCAGGAUGACGAGUUCACCUGUGACCUCUUCCGGUUCCUGCAGCUGCUCUGUGAGGGGCACAACUCAGAUUUUCAGAACUACCUGAGGACUCAAACCGGCAACAACACGACUGUCAACAUCAUCAUCUCUACGGUGGACUACCUGCUGCGGGUCCAGGAGUCCAUCAGUGACUUCUACUGGUACUACUCGGGGAAGGACGUCAUCGACGAGCAGGGGCAGCGCAAUUUCUCCAAAGCUAUCCAGGUGGCUAAGCAGGUCUUCAACACGCUCACGGAGUACAUCCAGGGCCCGUGCACGGGGAACCAGCAGAGCCUGGCGCACAGCAGGCUCUGGGACGCGGUGGUGGGCUUCCUCCACGUGUUCGCCCACAUGCAGAUGAAGCUGUCGCAGGACUCCAGUCAGAUCGAGCUGCUGAAGGAGCUGAUGGACCUGCAGAAGGACAUGGUGGUCACGCUGCUGUCCAUGCUGGAAGGUAACGUUGUCAACGGCACGAUCGGCAAGCAGAUGGUGGACAUGCUGGUGGAGUCCUCCCACAACGUGGAGAUGAUCCUCAAGUUCUUCGACAUGUUCCUGAAACUGAAGGACCUGACGUCCUCCGACACCUUCAAGGAGUGCGACCCUGAUGGCAAGGGCGUCAUCUCCAAGAGGGACUUCCACAGGGCAAUGGAGGGCCACAAGCACUACACGCCGUCCGAGACCGAGUUCCUGCUCUCCUGUGCCGAGACCGAUGAGAACGAGACCCUGGACUACGAGGAGUUCGUCAAGCGCUUCCAUGAGCCCGCCAAGGACAUCGGCUUCAACGUGGCGGUGCUGCUGACCAACCUGUCGGAGCACAUGCCCCACGACCCGCGGCUGCACACCUUCCUGGCGCUGGCGGAGAGUGCGCUGCACUACUUCCAGCCCUUCCUGGGCCGCAUCGAGAUCAUGGGCAGCGCCAAGCGCAUCGAGCGGGUGUACUUCGAGAUCAGCGAGUCCAGCCGCACCCAGUGGGAGAAGCCGCAGGUCAAGGAGUCCAAGCGGCAGUUCAUCUUUGACGUGGUCAACGAGGGUGGGGAGAAGGAGAAGAUGGAGCUGUUUGUGAACUUCUGUGAGGACACCAUCUUCGAGAUGCAGCUGGCCGCCCAGAUCUCCGAGUCGGACCUGAACGAGCGGUCGGCGAGCAAGGAGGACAGCGAGAGGGACCGGCCUGAGGAGCAGGGCCCGAGGCCCGGCUUCUUCUCGGUGCUGAUGCUCCGGUCAGCCCUGCUGGCCCUCCGGUACAACCUCCUGGUUCUGCUGCGCCUGCUCAGCCUGAAGAGCCUGAAGAAGCAGGUGAAGCGGGCCAAGAGGAUGACGGUGCGGGACCUGCUGGCCGCCCUGCUGGCGUCCUGCUGGCGCCUGCUGCUGGGCUUGCUGCGCUUUGCAGCCAGCGUGGCCCGCGGCUUCUUCCGCAUCGUGUGCUCCCUGCUGCUGGGGGGCAGCCUGGUGGAGGGCGCCAAGAAGAUCAAGGUGGCCGAGCUCCUGGCCAGCAUGCCGGACCCCACGCAGGACGAGGUGCGCGGGGACGCGGACGAGGCGGGGAGGAAGCCCCGCGAGAGCGCCCUGCCGUCCGAGGACCUGGCCGACCUGAAGGGGCUGGCGGGGGGAACAGAAGGCAAAAGAGGAAGAGAAGCAGGAGAAGGAGGAGCCCAGAGCUGAGCCCGAGAAAGCCGAGGGCGGAGAUGGAGAGAAGGAGGACAAGGCCAAUGUCAAGGGCAGGCCGCGGCCCAGGCAGCUGCACACGCACAGACAUGGGGAGUCGGAAGUCCCGGAGUCGGCGUUCUGGAAGAAAAUCACCGCGUAUCAGCAGAAGCUUCUCAACUAUUUUGCUCGCAACUUUUACAACAUGCGAAUGCUAGCCUUGUUCGUCGCCUUCGCGAUCAACUUCAUCUUGCUCUUUUAUAAGGUCUCCACAUCCUCUGUGGCCGAAGGGAAGGAGCCUCCUGCUCAAAGCCCAAGCGAGAGUGCCCCAGUCCCUAGCGUGGAUGGCGACUCACGCAGUGUUAUCGCGGUCCACUAUGUCCUGGAGGAGAGCAGCGGCUACAUGGAGCCCACGCUGCGCAUCCUGGCCGUGCUCCACACGGUCAUCGCCUUCUUCUGCAUCAUCGGCUACUACUGCCUCAAGGUGCCGCUGGUCAUUUUCAAGCGCGAGAAGGAGGUGGCACGGAAGCUGGAGUUCGGCGGGCUGUACGUCACCGAGCAGCCAUCGGAGGAUGACAUCAAGGGCCAGUGGGACAGACUCGCCAUCAACACGCAGUCAUUUCCUAACAACUACUGGGACAAAUUUGUUAAAAGAAAGGUGAUGGACAAGUACGGGGAGUUUUACGGCCGCGACAGGAUCAGCGAGCUGCUGGGCAUGGACAAGGCGGCCCUGGACUUCAGUGAUGCCCGAGAGAAGAAGAAGCCCAAGAAGGACAGCUCCCUGGCGGCUGUCCUGAACGCCAUCGACGUCAAGUACCAGAUGUGGAAACUCGGCGUGGUCUUCACUGACAACUCCUUCCUCUACCUGGCCUGGUACAUGGCCAUGUCCGUCCUCGGGCACUACAACAACUUCUUCUUCGCCGCGCACCUUCUCGACAUCGCCAUGGGGUUCAAGACGCUGAGGACCAUCUUGUCAUCUGUGACCCACAACGGUAAACAGCUCGUCCUCACCGUGGGCCUCCUGGCCGUCGUCGUGUACCUCUACACCGUGGUCGCGUUCAACUUCUUCCGGAAAUUCUACAACAAAAGCGAAGACGGAGACGCGCCGGACAUGAAGUGUGACGACAUGCUGACGUGCUACAUGUUCCACAUGUAUGUGGGCGUGCGGGCCGGAGGGGGCAUCGGCGAUGAGAUCGAGGACCCGGCAGGGGACGAGUACGAGAUCUACAGGAUCAUCUUCGACAUCACCUUCUUCUUCUUCGUCAUCGUCAUCCUCCUGGCCAUCAUACAAGGUCUGAUUAUUGACGCCUUUGGAGAGCUGCGGGACCAGCAGGAGCAGGUCAAGGAGGACAUGGAGACCAAGUGCUUCAUCUGCGGCAUAGGCAACGACUACUUCGACACGGUGCCACACGGUUUCGAGACCCACACCCUGCAGGAGCACAACCUGGCCAAUUACCUGUUUUUCCUGAUGUACCUGAUAAACAAGGAUGAGACAGAGCACACGGGACAGGAGUCCUACGUCUGGAAGAUGUACCAGGAGAGGUGCUGGGAGUUCUUCCCUGCGGGGGACUGCUUCCGGAAGCAGUACGAAGACCAGCUCAACUAAACUCGGACCCCCACCUCUCAACCCCCCACCCCACCUCUCUCGGAAACACCUGCUGUUCGUGGGACUCACCACCCAGUGAGCUUCCCGGGCGCGCCGAGCUGUUCGUGAAGACCUGACUGCGUCCCUGUGUUCUCGUAGAACAGAUUGGAGAACGAGCUAACGUCACACACCUAGGGACUCCGGGGAGAGGACUGUUCUGGCCUCUACCGCACGUACACACGCGCACACGCACACACGCACACACACACGUGCUGGGGGACUCCUGGGAGUCUCUGUAGGUCACGGGGCCACACCCCCGGCCUCCUGGUGUCACCCUUGGAAGGAGCGUCGACCGAGCGCACUGCCGCAACCGCGGUGCCCUGGAGCCGGCGAAGGAAACAGUGCCUUACUGGACGCGGGUUGAGCUAUGCAGAAGAUCCGUGCAUGAGGGCGUCCCAGCCCCCUGACGCCCCGUUUUUCUUAGGUUGCUUUGUGAGUUCUGCCUGUGUUGUUUUCUUUGGUGAGGGCGGGGUUGCCGUGCGCCGCCCCGGAAGUGGCCGGGGUGUCUCAGGAUGGAGUGGGCAGCUCCUGUCUCACCUGCGGCCCGCCCUGGGCCCUCCUGCUCUCGUGGGUAACACCCGCUGCAGCACGCAGCUUCAUGAGAUCCUUGUCUGAAAACCCGUCUGCAAGCCGCACCUCCACACAUCACCCCUGCAUGUCUGCUGUGCGAGUGAACACGGUUACUCCAGACAGGAGCGGCGCCGCGAGCGCUCAGUGACCCCCACAGUGAGAGUCGUGGACUCGGUGGCACAUUCGGAGCCGGCGUCACGACCGACCGCGGUCCCGUAUGCGCUCACGGCGCUCGGCUCUUCCUCCCGGCUCUGCCGCGGCUGUCGGGGAGGACUUCUCGUCAGGCCAUUUCGAAUCUCAACGCUGAAGCAAUAGCCAUUCAGGGAUUUCGUCGGCUGCACCAGAACACACGGAUGUUGACCCGAGUCCCUCGUGCUCCCUUCCGGGUCCUUCUAAGAGUAACGUUGACGGUGCAGAAUGGGAGCCAGGUUGUUUCACGAAAUCAGAGCUCUUUUCUUAUCAGUCUGCUUGUUAAUUUCGGAAUUGUAAACCGGCUCUGAUUAAACGGUUUAACUAACGUCCUCACCCUCUUCUUCCUCCGUCUCCCCAUGGCCGGCUCACAGACAAGCCGUGCGUUUUGCCUCCGGGGGCCUCGGUCACCCCAGAUGGGGUGGGAUCGUCACACCUCCAGGUUCCGUGUCACCAGGCGGCGAAUCUGCUGGGUCCAUGGUGUCAGAGCCUCUGUCCUCGGGCAGCGCCCAGCUCGCGGUCGGUCUGCACCCCGGUGCAGCCCGUUCACAGCGCUCCCUUGCCGGCGGCUGGGCUUCUGUUACCGUGUGGAGGAGUG